UGUACUGUUUAUUCAUAUUUUUUAGAAGAAAGAAAAAAAAACUUGUGGCUGUAAGAAGUGUUCACAAGAAAACUCAGGAACUUUAGGUUUAUACAAUACUAUUUAGAUGGCAUCAAAUAAUAUGCUGAGAUUAUUAAGCAGAAUAAAUCCUAUUGUGCGAUCAACCUCAUUGAGACAAACUAUUGUUCGUAAUGAUAGCAUUUUUACAAAAUACAGAGAACCGCCAAAUGGUUUUCUUUUUAAUCGAAAACCGUUAAAGCCAGGUGAGAAAAGGGAGUGGGAAGAUUGGCAGCCUAUUUGGUAUGGUGGAUGGAGUGUGGCAAUUCUUGUGCUUGUUGUUGGUGGAUAUUUUCGUCCAAAUGAUGAUCUGUUAGAUUGGGCAAGGAAGGAGGCUGAAAUUAGAAUAGCAGAGAUAGAAACAGCAGAGGCCAGUGCUGGAAAAAACUGAACUGUAUUGUACAAUGUGUAAUACAAAGUGACAUUAAAUUCACUAGUAUCACUUUUAUUUUUGCCAUAUUGAAUGUAAAUACAUACAUUUAUAUCUAAAGUUCAUUGUUAAAACUAAAACUAUUUUUAGUAAGACAA